AUGGGUUCCCACAGGUACGAGCUGCAGUUCGGCGUGAGUGACCGCGUGUGGGGCCAGCAAGACGUGAGAGCUAAUGUCACCGUGGGCGUGCGGUAUCUCACCCAUGAAGCCCUCGCCCACGCCGUGCCCAUUACGCUCACGCCCACCACGCCCUCGGCUCUGACUAUGGGGUGGACGCCGAAGCGCGGAGGAGGUGGCCUAGGGACGCUCACCCAGGCAGUCACCAAAGUCCUGGGCGAACCUCCAAACAGCAUCGAAGUCGUGAGCGUCUACGGGCAUCCUGACACCACCUACACCUCCGUUUCACCCGUGGCCGCCCAUCCUGCCCACCCUGCUCACGCCCACGACACGGCUCUACCUGGCCCGUAUGCUUGCGUGUGGUUGAGUGUCAGGCUCCAAGAUGGGCGUUACAUGGACCCGGUCAAAUUACAGGGGUUACUCUCGCUCCAUUUACAACACGACGCUGAAAAUAGGCCAUCAAACUCACAGGUGUAUUGUAUUAGCACGGGCACAAAUGAACAGAUAUAUUUGCAUCUUGAGAGUGUAAUGAACGUUCGAGUGACCGUCGAGGACGCCGUCAGCAUCGAGGACCAGACAGAGGGCAACGUCGCCACGCCUACAGACACCACAGACACGCAGGAGCCUUCGUCUGUGGCUUCCUUGGCUUCCACAGCUCUGCCUUUGCAGGUGGUGGACACGAACUCGACCUCCCUGGUGACGCCGCGUCUCACCCGCGCCCACGACUGCCGCCUGCACGCCCGCGACGGCGACGCGGCGUGCACGGAGCGCUCCUGCCUCAAUGGCGGCCGCUGCGUCAGGACGGACAAGGGGAACAGGUGCGUGUGCCCCGGGGGCGCCUCGGGGCCGCGCUGCAAGGUGGCGUCGCGCACCUUCGGCGGCGCCGGGUGGGCGUGGGUGCCGCCGCUGCCGCCCUGCCUGCCCAGCACCCUCUCGCUGCGCCUGCUCACCCGCCGCCCGCGCGCCCUCGUGCUGUACUCGGGCCCGCUCUCCGCCGCCUCCGCCCGCCCGCGCUUCCCGCCCACGCCCAUGAUGGCGCUGCAGCUGGUGGACGGCCGCCCGCAGCUGGUGAUGGAGGGCGCCCGCGGCCGCGUCAGGCUGCAGGUCAACGCCUCCGUCAGCACCGGCACCUGGCACACGCUGCACGUGCACCUCAACAGCCAGGGUGUUACGCUCAUGGUCGACAUGUGCGGGCGCGGCUGGGCGGACGCCACCAGCGACGCCCACUGCGCCGCCAGAGCCACCUGGAUAGACGCCCACGCCACCGAGGCUUGGAGUGGCAACGCCCCGCUGCAGCUAGGGGGGCUGGCGCACCCGCUCCCCGAACCCGCCUUCUUCGGCUGGAGCUUCGGCCCGAUUCCCGAGGCGCUGGACGGAUGCAUUUCGCACCUCACGGUCAAUGGGCAGCUCGUAGACCUGGGCGAGCCGGCCUACAGCAGCGGGAGCUCCAAGGGCUGUGAACCCCAAGACGCAGCCUGCAGAACAAGAAUGGCUGACUGUGGGUUCCGCGGGCGGUGCGUGGGCGGCCUGAACAAACCGGAGUGCAGCUGCGACCCUGGAUGGGCGGGUCGAACCUGCUCCACGCCCACCGAACCCAUAGCCCUCGCUCACGACUCCUUCGUUAAGGUUGCGCUGUCGUUCACGCCCGAUCCUUACGUCAUUACGGCACAGCUCCGAGUGCGGACGAGGGGAAGGCCCGACGGGGUUCUGCUGCAGGUCCUCGCUCAUCACAGGGCGGCUGCUGUUACACUCCGCCUCCGCGCGGGCGUGGCGUGCGCGUGGGCGUCGGGCGCGGCGUCGGGCGAGGCGGCGGCGGCGGCCCUGGAGGCGUGCGUGGAGGGCUUCCCGCUGGGCGACGGCGCCUGGCACACGGUGCGCCUCGAGCGUCACGGACACAACCUGCUGGUCGCGGUCGACGACGGCGACGGCUGGCGGAGGAACGAGAGCCUGGCGUCCUUCCUCACGAGCGCCCACGCGGGCGACAUGCGACCGCUGCUCGAGGGCACGCCCAUGCCCAUCAUGGUGGACAAGCAGGACUGCUGUGUGGUGGGCGGCCAGCCGGAGUUCGAAGGUGAUGUGCUCGUCGCCGUCAACGAUGACCUCAGGGAAAGCUGUGUGGACGACCUUCGAGUAUCUGGCCAUGGGAUCCCACUCUCAGUCAUGGAGAACGAUACCCGGUGGGGCCAAGUGAUCAACCAACAGCAGGUAGAGAGAGGCUGUCCAUCUCCUGACCUGUGUACCAAUACCACCUGUGCCCCUCCUCUCAGCUGUCACAAUUCGUGGGUUCAUGCUGCGUGCAGUGUUCCUUUCCGAAAUGCUCUUUGUUCAUUGCCACGCCUUGUGUUCCUCUCCACGCCGCUUUCCGCCUGUUUGAGCGUAACUCUUGUCUGA